GCUGGUAUAUCGGCAAUCCUUGAAUGUAAUACGAUAUUGUAAUACAGAGUCGUCUGUUGGGCUGUCGACAGCGACGACGCCGACAUGGGAUUACUGCUUUCGGGUAGCUCGGAUCCUGCUUAUCCACACUUGUCACUCCGGAGUCCGUUCUGGUAUAAAGUAGGAGUACGUCCGCUGCUUCCCAGAUAACGACUCGAUCACCAUGCAACCCAGCAACGACCAACCCGCGCAUCCAUCUCUACUUGACAGCUCCUGUCCUCCAAAGGUCGGAUGGUACGGGCUCGGCGCGAUGGGUUACUUCAUGGCUCGAAACAUUGCGACGUCGGGCAGAGCAGCAUCGCCCAUCUUGGUCUACAACCGAACUGUAGCCAAGGCGGAGAGGCUCGUCAACGAGAUCGGGUCGUCCAAUGCCAUCGUAGCUUCAAGUUCAGCCCAACUCGUUACUGAGUGCGACGUGAUCUUCACUAAUCUCGCCACCGACGAGGUGGUGCAGCACGUAUAUAAUGAUUUCGCCAAGACACUUUCUCAAACACUGCCCACAAGGCCCAAGAUAUUCGUGAACAUGAGCACAAUCCGCCCAUCACUAGCAGUGGAAAUCGACAGGCUAUUUUCCGGCUUUUCUUGCUGCCACUUCGUCGCAGCCCCCGUCUUCGGUCCGCCUGCUGCAGCAGGUGCAGGACAACUGACAAUCAUCAUGAGUGGCGACUACAAUUGCAAGAGGAAGGCUGCCCAUCUUCUGAUCCCUGUUAGCAAGAAAAUAAUUGACCUCGGUGGGAACAUCGAAAGAGCUCCAAUGCUAAAACUGAUAUGCAAUGGCAUGCUUAUGAGCGCCAACGAGUUGUUGGCCGAGGCUCUUACACUCGGAGAAAAGUCCGGCAUCGGCGCUCAGGCGGUAUACAGCCUUAUGAAAGAGAUCAUGCCAGCUCCAAGUCUUAUCAUUUACGGCGACAGAAUGCUGAAUGAGCGCUUCGAUGGCACGGACGGAUGUGCGAUCGAUCUCGGCGUCAAUGUUUUGGACCAUGUCCGUCAUCUGGCAGCCGAACUGAAUUGCCCUAUGCCAACGAUCGAUAUCACUCAGCAGAGCUUGAUCACUGCUCGUUCAAUACACGAACGCCGGAAGCGGACUGGCAGCAGCAGAUGGGAUAUCUUUGAUUGCAGUGCACUGAUUGCUAGCCACAGGGUUUCCGCCGGCUUGAACCCGUUUGACUGUGAUGACCACCGUGUUAUUCGCGAGGAUUAAUUUCUGAGAUUGAUGUGAAGGGAUGAUAGGGAAUUCCGUCAGAAUACGUGCCACACUCCCUGACUUUUGACUUGUCACAGCCCGUUGAGACAUGGCGUUAGACGCUUGGCUAGCAUCAUCGGAUGAUGUGCCACAUCUGAUCCAUCCAACGAAUGUAUUACGCGGGGAUUAAUGCAAGUACUCUUACUCGAUCAGGGCUCGGUGAAUGUUUCCGUAGAAGGAGUUGCCCAAGGGAGGAUGGUGCGGGUACGUCCCACAGCGGCUUCCGGCUUUGAUCUCGUAGCAACCGCAAUGG